GAGUUAUGAGAAUUUUCGAAACUCGUACAAAUGUGCUUUUGCCCCUAACCCAAAAACAAUUAGAGAAUUGUAUUCAAAAGGUUAUGAGAAAGUUUUGGAAAGAAAAAUUUCUUAUAGAAUGUUUUGGGUUGAUAAUAUGUAUGUCAACAGUCAACUCAUACUUUUUCAACCGAAUUUCGGAUUGAACGGUUUUCUUUGACCAGUUGACCAGAAUCUUUCUUCAGACGUACUGUGGCUGCAAGCGCGGAAGACCAAUGGACGAAAACAAACAAAAUUCUCUCACGGCAAGGGGUGCAUGGUUUGAUCUCAUAAAGAUUCAAACCAACCAAGAAGCUUUAUUGUCAAUUGAAGCAUUUGGACUAUGACGUGCUUCGCCGCUCUUCUUUAUCAACUUUUGAGUUUUUUCACGAUUGUAAAGUCGCAAUGUCAGGAGGAGUUUUCCCGGGAUGCUGUCUUCACAGCGACUGAAGAUGAAUACCUUAACUUCUCUGCCAUCAAGACCGUAACCGCCCAUCGUCCUUUUGACUGUAACCUUCACUGCCUGGUCGAACCCGACUGUCAAUCAACCAAUUACCAUCCACCAACACGCAUGUGCGAGCUGUGUGACCACACCUUCACCUCGAGGCCUGCUUGUAAAGUCAAUAAACCAGGUUACAUCCACUUCGACUCUAACAAGGGAUCGAUCUCUCACGACCCUUUCAGGAAUGUCAGGUGCAAGAACGGUGGGACGUGUCACAGCGCAUGCGCAAAGAACUCCGAAUGGCAGUGCGCUUGUCAGCCCAAUACUACCGGCAUGCUAUGCGAGCAGUUUGCAGGAAACACUCCAACAUCGUGCAAGGAAGUGUAUUCCAAAGGCAUUGGAAAAAAUACCGCAUAUAUAUUGAGUUUGGAGAACAAAAGCAUAGAAAUCUACUGUCAUCUGACAGUGAUUGACGGCUGUGGUGAUGGGGGAUGGACGCUGGCUAUGAAAGUCAACGGCUCAAAGGAUACUUUUAUCUAUGGGUCUUCACUCUGGACCGACAAAUCUGCCUACAACCCAUCGGCCGGUCUGACGGAUUUUGAUAACCAAGAGACCAAGCUCCCCAGCUACUGGGCCGUGCCGUUCACCAAGAUCUGCAUCGGGCUCAAAGUCGGGGACACCCUUAAGUCUAUGACGAUCCCCUACACGGCUACGCACUCUAUGACGUCAUUGCUGACGGCACCUACAGAGGGACCUCGAACGGGAAGACCGCUUGGAGGGCACUGAUCCCUGGUUCGUCUAUGCAGACAUAUUGUAACAGAGAAGGUUUUAAUACUGUAGGAUGGGUACGCUUGGGGAUUGUAAGCAACAAUGAGAUUUCGUGUAGUGCAGUUGACAGCAUGGUUGGUAUCGGUGGAAUCACUAUGUUCGCUUCCGCGGGAAAUAAGUGUGCAUGGUUUUGUGACAAUGGCGACACUAAAAUCCCAGCCAUUGGGUACCUUUACCUUAACUAAGAACAACACGUGACUGUUGGAACAAGUCUACAUUGGUAGAGAACUAAUACCUUGCAUACCAACAUCAAAAGCUCUGUACUAGAAAUUGCAAGAUGCUCCAAUCUAAAAGUUUUAAAAGUAAGGUCUUAUCUGUCCCGGAAGAGGGCCUUUUUACUCGCCAAACAAGCUACCUAUCUAUCCAAGAGAGAAUUUUAUUUCAGCUUAUGCAAACUCUAGAAGCACAGCGAACUCCUGCAAGAUGGGGACACAGCUCUCAUGAAAGGAACUCUAAAAGUACAUGCAUUUCAAGCGAGUUUGUGUAGUCAGCCAUGCGACACUCGAAGCAACCCUAUUUUCUCCAAGAUUAUCACUUUUCUAGUAGCAACAUCGCUUAGUACAAUACAUUGCUUCUUAUACUACUUUUAAUAGAAGCAUUUUCUGUUUUGCUGUUUGAUAGCAUUAAAUGUAUGCUACAUUAGCAUAAUUUAGCAUAAGUUAAAAUCGAGGAUGACCGCUGGCGCCUGGGCCUCCAUUCAAGCCGUGGCACGUUUGCACUCUCUCUUGAAUCCCUGCAAAUUCAUGACUCAGCACGGGAUUCGGGGAUAUUUUGCCCCUCCCACCACUCCCUUAUGUGGAGCGUAUCUAUUGGGUAAGUAUAUUCGGGGGUGGGGAGCUGUGACCCGGAGGCCCGGCUCCUCGGGUGCGCUUGGUUAGGAGGUCACCACUAUACGAUACCUGACCCCAAACUUAUCAGACGAUGAGUUUAACACGAUUUUAGGUUAUUAUAAAGUCGAAUUAUUCGACGACAAUACUCAGUGUCAAUUAUUUGUUGAUUGUUUAUUCUUAUUUAUUGGAUAAGAUUAGUUGUUUGAAUACACAUGUAUAUAAUGAUGCUGAAGUCACAGUAAAGAUUACUAGUUAUUUGCUA